CUGAAUUAGCGACUCUUUCACAGUUAAAAAAACAAACUGAAAAUGAUCUUAAUAAAAUGAAAGAAUCAUUUGAAAAAGAAAAACAAUCAAUUCUCCAACAACAUGCGAAAGAAAAAGAAUCUUUAAAAUCUGAACAUUCCACAAGGUAUAGUAAUCUAUCAAAAUCACAUGAAGAUGCCGAAUUAAAAAUAAAUAAGUUAGUAAGUCAACAUGAAGCUGAAAAAAAAGAUUUAGAAAAUAAGUUAGUAAGUCAACAUGAAGCUGAAAAAAAAGAUUUAGAAAAUAAAUUAUUACUUGUACAUCGGUCUGAAAAAGAUAAACUUUUAGCUGAAAUAAAACAAAAUGAAGAAACUAAAUCCAAAUUAAAUGAUCUUCAAAUUGAACAUGAUCGCACUCUCAAAGAAUUGAAAGAACUUACAAUAAAUAAAGAAGAUGCUAAAAAUACUAUCUCUAAUCUUGAGCGUCAAUUGAGUAAUAUGUCAAAUCUGGAGGUAACAUCUAAAGAGCUUCGUCAACAACUUGAUGAAGCAAAUAACGAAUUAUCUAAUAUACGUCUCAAACUUUCAAGUCAAUUAAAUGAAAACAAAAACUUAGAAUCUGAAUUAGAAAAUAUUCGAACUAAGUUGAAUGAUUCAAAUGAUAAAAUUAAAAAUUUGGAACUUCAACUUGAAAUAAUCACAAAAGAAAAAGAUAAUAAUUCUUCAAAACAUGCCAAUGAAAUAGCAACUUUACGUAUUGAAUUCGAAAAUUCUCUUAAAAGUGCAACCGAAAAACUUCAAAUAAAGCAUGAUGAAGAAAUGUCAGAAUUGCAUAAUAGCUUGGACUCUACUCACAAGACCGCUCUUGAAAGUCUUCGAAAGCAAAUGUCUACACAACAAGAAGAACAAAUU